CUCACCGUCGGGUGCCUGGGGCCCGGACCAGGCACGCCUCUUGAACUUACGUUUAGUACAAUCGUUUCUUUUUGAAGAAGGGUUUUCUUUUCUCUUUUUUUUCUUUUGCGUUUUUGUUGACUUUUUUUAGCGAAGGGAAUUUUUUUUGUGGGGGGGGGGGCGGGGGACAAAAAGAAGAAUCUCUCACGGGGGAAUCCAUAAAGGGGGAUAAGGGACCGCCGGCAGUGGGAGUCAGAGGCCUUGGGUCCAGGAUGGAUGUGGCAGACCCGCAGCAGCUGGGCAUGUUUACAGAGGGCGAGCUGAUGUCGGUGGGUAUGGACACGUUCAUCCACCGUAUCGACUCCACCGAGGUCAUCUACCAGCCCCGCCGCAAGCGGGCCAAGCUCAUUGGCAAGUACCUGAUGGGGGACCUGUUGGGGGAAGGGUCCUACGGCAAAGUUAAGGAGGUGCUGGACUCAGAGACGCUGUGCAGGAGAGCCGUCAAAAUCCUGAAGAAGAAGAAGUUGCGGAGGAUCCCCAAUGGGGAGGCCAACGUGAAGAAGGAAAUCCAGCUACUGCGGAGGCUGCGGCACAAAAACGUCAUCCAGCUGGUGGAUGUGCUGUACAAUGAGGAGAAACAGAAGAUGUAUAUGGUGAUGGAGUACUGCGUGUGUGGCAUGCAGGAGAUGCUGGACAGUGUACCGGAGAAGCGCUUCCCCGUGUGCCAGGCUCACGGGUACUUCUGCCAGCUGGUGGACGGCCUGGAGUACCUGCACAGCCAGGGCAUUGUGCACAAGGACAUUAAGCCUGGCAACCUGCUGCUCACCACCGGCGGCACGCUGAAGAUCUCCGACCUGGGUGUGGCCGAGGCCCUGCACCCAUUCGCUGAGGAUGACACGUGCUGUACGAGCCAGGGCUCCCCUGCGUUCCAGCCGCCAGAAAUCGCCAAUGGCUUGGACACCUUCUCUGGCUUCAAGGUGGACAUCUGGUCGGCUGGGGUCACGCUCUACAACAUCACGACAGGCCUGUACCCUUUCGAGGGGGACAACAUCUAUAAGUUGUUCGAGAACAUUGGGAAGGGGGACUACACGAUCCCAGGAGACUGUGGCCCCCCGCUCUCGGACCUGCUGAAAGGGAUGCUGGAAUACGAGCCGGCCAAGAGGUUUUCCAUACAGCAGAUCAGGCAGCACAGCUGGUUCCGGAAGAAGCACCCGCCAGCCGAGGAGCUGGUGCCCAUCCCGCCGAGCGCGGACUGCAAGGACCGUUGGCGCAGCAUGACUGUGGUCCCCUAUCUGGAGGACUUGCACGGCUGUGCCGACGACGAAGGGGAUGAGGACCUCUUUGACAUUGAGGAUGACAUCAUCUAUACUCAGGACUUCACCGUGCCCGGUCCCAGAGGAGGAGGCCGGGCAGAAUGGACAGAGCCGAGGCCUGCCCAAGGCCGUGUGCAUGAAUGGCACCGAGUCGGCCCAGCUGAGCACCAAAUCGAGAGUGGAGCGCCGGGCCAGUGCCGCCUCCAACGCCCCCCGCAAGGCCUGCUCCGCCAGCAGCAAGAGCCGCAGGCUUUCGGCCUGCAAGCAGCAGUGAAGGCAGCUGCCCGCAGCCCAUCUCCAGGAGCCUUGGGCAGGAGCCACGGUCCAGGUUCUACGGCCCAGGUCCUCCUCAGCCUUCCCACCGCCUGCUGGCCCAUCUCCGGCCGCCCAGGAAGGCUGCUGCCACACCCUCCGUGCCGACCACCCCUUGGGAAACGGGGGUCCUGGAGGGCUGUGGCUGGGGAACAGCAGGGACUGGGGUCUGGCCUCCCCAGUCUCAUGGGCAGUGGACACGACCUCCUGUUGACUUUGCAAUCCUGUGCUGAGCCCCUCUCCCUAGCCAAGGGAGGAGGGCGAGGCUGGGCCAUGGGCCCCGCGCAGCCCUCGCCAUGCACUUUACGUUUAGACUACUGGUUCUUGCCCUGACUUCUCUUUACUUUGCUACAUGUUAGCGCCUCCCACACCUAGUGAUGUGUUCAAACUGCAGCCGCGCUGGGGUGGACAGGCCUGCCCACAGAGAUGCAUGCCCAGUGCCCAUGGGAGCCAGGUGGCUGCCUUGUUUUUGUUUGGUUUUCUUUUCUUUCUUUUUUUUUUU